AUGCCUAGCCACAACAGAAAGGUAUCACGGCAGGUGCAUCUGCAGUCGGCGCCUCCAGGACAGUCCGAUUACGACACUGACACUGCCAACCUCACCGACAACCAGUAUCAUGUCGACAUGGCGGUACACGCGCAGCCACAGCGUUCGGCAGAGGAGUUGAAUAUGCUCGUACUGCGUCGAUGGUACCCGGAGGUUGAAUAUAUCCUGGCUAUCGCACCAUUCGCUACACUGUAUACAUUCGCUCCCGACUCGCAACAAUGGAACAAAUGCGAGACCGAGGGCGUACUGUUCGUCGUGCAGCUGGAAGCGCAAGCAGGUUAUCCGCGCUAUCGCCUGAUUAUUCUCAACCGGAAGAGUAUGGUAAACUUCGAACUGGACCUUGUGUCUAUGGAUAAUAUCGAAAUUACGACGGAGUAUGUCAUUGUUCAGGUUCCGGAUGAAGAGGGAACGCCGCAGAUUUUUGGCAUUUGGAUCUUUUCAGACAAGUCGCAGGUACCAGACAUGCGGGAGGUGAUCGCGGCAACUAUUGUGGACUGCGCGAACAGAGCAGAGGAACACACUCAGCAUGCGGCGGAGCUAGAUGGAUAUCCAAUUUAUGACAGCAGCGAAGGCGCAUAUCAACAGUCUGGAAAUCACCAGCAACAAGUACAACAUCAACAAAUGCCGCAGCAACCGCAACCGCAACAUUCUCAGAGCCAAUUUGGACAGCAGAUUGACCUUUCAAGGCUCUUCACCAAACCACAGGCACCCGUUGAGAUGGAGGCGCAGAGAUUCCUUGACACUCAAACGCCGACUCAAAGUGGGCCGAAUAUGCAUGCGUACAACUCGUCAGCUCUGCCUCACGCUCAUCCUGCCUCACACGACCCCAAUCAGGGAGGAGCGAUGUGGCAACCACAACAGCCCAUGUCUUCCCAAUUUGAGAAUCCUCCUCAGGCCCACAAUCUUCUUCUGGACUUGUUCAAGAAUGCCUCGAAGUUAUCGUGA